AUGGAUAUAAACAAUUCAGAUAUUAAUAAGGAAAAUAACGAGGUAUUAUGGGAAUCUCUGUAUAAUGAUUUUAAUGAAAUAACAAGCACACAUAAGAAGCAUUUCAAUUAUAUAGAAAAUAGUUUAUAUGAAUUUUGCAAAGGAGUUAGUUCAAAUGAUAAUUUAAGUUACGAUUUAAAAAGUAUAAAAAAUAAAUCAUAUUUAAAUAAUGAUACAAAUUAUGAAGAAAAACAAUUUUUAAAUGAAUUUUUAAUUAAGAAAGAAAUUAACAAAACAGAUAUUAAUAAUGAAUUAUUAAUAGAUAAAAAUUUAAAUGUAGAAAAUGACAAAGAUUAUAACAUUAUGAUUAAUAAUGAAACAGAUUAUUUAAAAAAAGAGUAUCUUAAAAAUAAUUAUUGGGAGAAUGAUUACCUUAAAAAUAAUUACUUUGAAAUUGACUAUUUAAAAAAUGAUAAUUGUAGAAACAAAAGUUUCAAUGAAGUUAUAAAUAGUAAUCAAAUAGAAAAUGCAGGUAAUUUCAAUCAUUCCUCUUUUCUUUUAAAUAGUAUUUCCAAGAAACCUGAAUCUAGCUUUGAAUUUAAUGAAAAAAACAAAUAUAGUGAUAUUAGAAAUCCAAAUAUGUUUAACAUGAAUAAAUAUAAUAGCACUUAUUUUAAUAAUGGAUAUAAAAAUAGUAUAAAUAAUUUAAAAGUUCAUGAAGAAUUUUUAAAUAAAAAUGAUAAUAAUUUUCUGUUAAAUAAUAAUAAAAACUAUGAUAAUUUAAAAGAAAAAGAAAGUAUUAGAAACCUUUUAGGAAUUAACACUUUCGAUAAGAAUACACCUAACACUAAAAAUUUAGAUACAGAUAAAUACAAAAAUUUUAAAAUAAAAUCAGAAGAAAAUUUAAGCUUCAAUAAUUACAAUUAUAUAAAGAAUAUUAAAAAUUUCAACUCUUUAGAAAAACUAGAUACGUUGCUAAAAAACAAAUGUAAAUAUAUGAAUGAAGAUGAGAUUGAUUUAAGAUUACCAAAUAAAAUAAAUAGUAAUAAUACAAAACAACCUAUUUUUAAUUAUGAUAGCUAUAAAAUAAACUCUGUUAUAUCUGAAAACUUUAAUAAAAAUAAACAAAUUGAUAAAAAUGACGUAUCAUCAGAUAAAAUAGAGGAGACUAAUCAUAACAUACUAAUAAAUAGAUCAAAGAGGUUAAUAGAAAUUAGUAAAAAAUGUUUAAGUGGGUAUUCUGAUUUAGAUAAUCUUAAUAUAAUAGAUUUAUAUAAGAAAGAAAAUGAUUAUAGUAAAAAUGGAAAUUAUAGGGAUUACAAGAAUGAUUUAAAAUAUCAUACCUAUGUAGAUAAUCAAAUAUGUACAUUAGAAGUAAAUGAAUAUAAUAAUGAAAAUGAAGACAAUGACGAAUAUGAGUAUACUUAUGAAAAUGAAGAUGAUGAAAAUGAAAAUGAAUUUAAAGAAUAUGAUGAAAGUAAAGAUUAUAAUAAGAAUGAAAAUAAUGAUUACAAUAGAGAAAACAAUGUUGGUAAUAAGAAAAAAGGCUACAUAGAAAAAGAAACAAUGAUAUAUAUGGAUAAUAAUAAAAUUGAAUACAAUGAAGAAAAUGAAGAAAGAAAUAUCAAGUUGUACGAAAGAUAUGAUAAAAAAAGUAUAAUUGAAGAAAAUUCAAUCAAUAGUAAUGUUUCUUUAAAUUGUGUAGAAAAAUGUGAUACUAAAAAAAAAGAAAAAAAUGAAGACAGUGAAAAUCAAACAUAUAAUAACAGCAGUGAUUACGAUUUAAAUAUAUUAUUUGAUAAUUUUGAUAAUUUAAAAAAUAGGAAUAUCAGUAUUAAAAAAGAUCAAAAACUAAUGAAUGAUAAUCCAGAAGAAAAAAAAAAAGUAAAAGAAAAGAAUGAUGAAGGAAAUAAUAUAAUACAUAAUGAGCUGGAAAAAAAUAAAGAAGAGGUAAAAAUAGAAAUUAAGAAAUUAGUGAAUCUAAAAUCACAAGAAAAGGAUUCAGAAAAUGCAUGUUUUAAAGAUAUAUGUGAGAGAAAUGUAAAAAAUUUGGAUUUUAAUAGAAAAAAUGAUAUUUUAUUAGAUGGUAAUUUUACUGAUGUAGGCACUAAUAAUAUAAAGAGGGAAAAAAAUAAUUUUGAACUAGAAAACGAAAGAAUUUAUAAUGAUUAUAAUUUAAAAAAUAAAAAAAUUGAAAAAACAUGUGAAAAAGAAAAAAAAAAUGGUAAUACCAAGUUACGUAAAAUAAUUUUUCCAGAUGAUGAUAAGAACAUUGACGAAAAUAAAAAAAAAUGUAUUGAUUUAGAAGAAAUAAAAAAAAUUACUGAUCAUAAUAAGAUAUUAGACCAUGGUACAAAAAAUAUUAAGUAUUCCAAUAAUAUAAAAAGGUUAUUUAAAGAAAAGUAUUUUUUGGAAGAUUUAUGUGAAAAAAGAAAAUGUCUAUUACAAAAAAGUAAAAUAGAAAACACAAAAUUAAGUGUAGAGAUAAAAUCAUUAUUAAGUUUUAAUAAUAAUUUAAGUUAUGCACUGAAAGAAAAAGAAGCAGAAAUAAAAAUUUUAAAAAAACAAAAAGAAGAAUUAGAAAUGAAGUUGAUGAAAAGAGCAGAUAAUGAUUAUUCUUUUUUAGAUAAUUCCUCUACAUAUGAUAUUUAUAAAAAUCAAAAAAUAAAUAGUAAUUAUAAUAUAUGUAAUAAAAACUCAAAUAGUUUAAAUAAUAUGAAUAAUAGUAAUGCUUCUAUUAUAAAAAAUUAUGAAAAACAAAUACAAGAAUUAUUAGUUAAAGUCAAAAUGUAUGAAACUAAAAAUAAUGAUUUACAAGAACAGUUAAAAAUUUUUAUGAAUGAAUAA